AUGGGACUAGCGGGAAGCAAGAGGAAGGAGACGACGUCUCCGAAGAAUGAGUCCGAAUCAAAUAAAGUUGCUUCAGUAAAAAGAAAACCUCGUCCAGAUGAGAUGAUGCACAAAUAUGCCGAGGUGCUGAAAGCACAAGGAGUCUUGCCCGAAUUCUUUCUGGUCCAUGAAACGAAAAGUUCACAAUAUGUCGAUGAAGAUGGAGACGUAGCAAAUGAGUUUUAUGAAGAAAUGAAUGAAGGAGAUAAGCGACGUCUGUGCCGAUUAUUAAAGAAUUUGAAGCCUCGAGGAAAAGAACGGUAUGCAAUUCCUCGGCUCAAACCUGAUAUUCCAGUAGUCAUCUGGGAAGUUGGAAAUGAAAAAACGUGA